CCUCCUGGCUGACUGUCGCCCUCCCUUCUACAGAAGUUUUGCCAACCUCACACACCCUGAGUGAGUUCCUGUGUCCUGCAUGUCCUGGCGGCCAGCCGGGGCCCUGUAAUUCCUCCUUCUAUAUGCAGUGUCCCAGUGGGGAGACGGAGUGUGUCCAGCUGGACCUGGUGCUUGUAGAAGGCGGCCAGACCGUGAGCAUGCACGGCUGCGGCUCCCAGGACCUGUGCGGUCCCCCCGCCACCGAAGGGCUGCUGGACCUGCCCGGCCACCGGCUGGCCCUCCUGCCGCACUGCAGCACCAGCCAGCGGGCUGUCAUGGCCUCCAAGUGCCACUCUCGCGUGCCACCCGGCCUCCGUCUUGCCCUGUCUGUGCUGCUGGUGGGCCUGGGUGCCGCGACCCUAUCCUGAGCAGGCCCGGCCUACACCACCCUUGCCCCGCAUUCACUUAACCCUGCUUGUGUCCCACGUCGCUAGAUGGCACCCUGGCUUCCCCCUACUUCCAGUAUUUCUAUGUCUGGAAGCUUCUGGUGAGAAAAGUCAAAACCAGAGGGGGUGGGUAAGCCUCCUCCCUCAGACUAAGGGGUUCCCUAAGGCUAGUCCUCUUUCUUAACACCUGGGGCCCAAAGGCUAUACCUCCUCCCUCAGACUAGGCUGUGCUUUCUCAGACCUUAGACUAGAGACAGCUCCCUGGGCCCCAAAGACUAAGCCUCCUUCCUCAAACUAGGAGGUCCCCAACACCAGCUUACUCCCUCAGACUAGAGCUGUGUUUUCCUGAGGAUUGGGAAGCAGCUGCUUCUGUCUCCCUCUUUAGGCUCUAGCAAAGUCUUGGGCAGCCAAGAUAGAGUUUGGGACCAAAUACACCCCCUUCCCAGGGUUUUAGAACACCCCUUCCACCCCUACUCCAGGCCCUGUUCUGUCUGGGCUCAGUCUCCCCGCUGUCACCAAAUCUGAAUGAAUCAAAUCCUACAAUGCCAA